GUUGCAUAAACGGUCAUGAAGGAGGGAUCGAGAGAAAGAGGGAUUUCCUCUCGGGGAACUUCACUCAUUCUUACAGAAACACGGGAAAGCUGUGGACCUUGGAAUCUACCUCCUGAAGCCGAGCCGUAAGGACAGUUAUGUUGGGUGUCGUCCUCCUCCUGCUCUCCUCCUCCUCUCCUGGGGUCACUGUUCCUCCGCCCAACGCUCCCUGCAGUAGAUGCUGUGACCACAUACCGCCAGCAGAGGGCAGUGGAGAUCCUCCGACACCGGCAGAGUUCAGCCACGUCCCGGAGAUUCGCACCUACAUCAACAUGACUAUACUGAAAGGUGAUAAAGGAGAUCGUGGGGACAGAGGAACUCCAGGAAAAGCUGGACAGGAAGGCCCUCCAGGAGCCCAAGGCGCAGCGGGGUCAAAGGGCAGCAAAGGCCAUGCGGGCCCUCCAGGAGACCCCUGCAAGCUUCCGCACUCUGCCUUCUCCGUGGCCCGCCGGAAGUCCCUGCACAGCGACGACGCCUACCAGGCGGUGAUCUUCGACACGGUCUUCGUCAACCUCGACGACGACUUCGACAUGUUCCAGGGGAAGUUCUUCUGCCGGGUCCCCGGGGUCUACUUCUUCAACGUCAACAUCCACACGUGGAACUUCAAGGAGACGUACCUGCACAUCAUGCAGAACGACACGGAGCGGGCCAUCGUUUACGCCCAGCCCAGCGACCGCUCCAUCAUGCAGAGCCAGAGCGUCAUGCUGGAGCUGCGGCCGCGCGACGCCGUGUGGGUGCGCCUGUUCAAGAGGGAGCGCGAGAACGCCAUCUACAGCGACGACGUGGACGUCUACAUCACGUUCAACGGGUACCUCAUCAAGGCCGGCGGGGAGUGAGCGAAACACA